AUGGACGCCGAGCUGGGUUCCACGUCGAAGCAAUCGCCUGCAUACGAUCAAGUCGCUGAGGAUGCCCGCGAUCUCGCAAACUUGGGCCACGCCCAAGCACUCAGCCGGAAGUUUGGUACAUGGAACAUGCUUUCGCUUGCCUUCGUGGUUUUGGGGACUUGGGCUGUCUUCGCGCAAAGUCUUGCAAGCGGUCUGACGAACGGCGGCCCCAUCACUAUUCUCUGGGGUUUGUGCCUAGUUACCUUAUGCAACACCUGCAUUGGUGUCUCACUGGGAGAGCUGUGCAGCAGCAUGCCGACCGCCUUGGGCCAAGCAUACUGGGUCGCCCGCUUGUGGCCUACCCCUGCCGGCCGUUUCGCCUCCUAUCUAUGUGCCUGGAUCAAAACUUUCGGCUGGUGGACGUUGUCUGCUUCAACAAUAGCCUUUAUGACCGAGUUCAUAUUGGGGAUGAAUCUUCUCUUCGAUGAGAACUCGACGGCACCGCAGGCCGGUUGGGUUCAGUUCUUAGUCUAUCUCGGCACCACCUUCUGUCUCACAGGCCUAAACAUGGUUUCUUGUCGAAGUGAUAGAAUCCUUCCCUUCUUCAAUAACUUUGUCGGCACCACCUUUGUCGGUCUGUUUUUUGUGCUGGGGCUGGCUCUUCUCAUAUCCGUUGGCAUCAAAGAUGACUUGGACUUCCAACCUGCCUCGUUCGUCUUUGGGGCUUGGAUAAAUCGGACAGGAUGGAGCGACGGUAUAGUUUGGUUCAUGGGGCUCGUCCAAGCAGCAUACGGCCUCACUGCGUUCGACGCCGCCAUCCAUCUUGUCGAGGAGAUUCCUGCGCCAAGAAGAAACAUACCCAAAGUAAUAUGGCUCUCUAUCCUCUGCGGCGCCAUCACUGGAUUCAUCUUCAUGGUUGUCUGCCUCUUUACUAUUCAAGACAUCGAGCAGGUUCUCGACCCCGUAACUGGUUUACCGUUUAUGGACCUUGUCAGGAGCACAGUCGGUCUGCAGGGAGCUGCAGUUCUUAUUGCCCUGUUCAUCAUCAACGGCUUGGGUCAGGGCGUGACUGUUGUGACGACCUCAUCGCGACUUACAUGGGGAUUUGCACGCGACGGUGGCAUUCCAUGGGCCGCGUACUCUGCCCACGUCGAUGAAACGUGGAAAGCACCUAUUCGUGCCCUGUGGUUGCAAGGCAUCAUCAUCGGAGUUGUCGGUACUCUCUACACGUUUUCGAACACGGUGCUUGAGGCUAUCGUCGGUGGGACUUUCGACUCGGUCGAUGUGGGACAGCCGUAA